AUGGCGCCGAUUCCUAUCACCAUCAUCACCGGUUUCCUCGGUUCCGGCAAGACGACGCUGAUUCUCAACCUCCUCCCCCAGCUUAAGGCCGCGAACCCGUCGUACAAGCUUGCUCUCCUCAAAAACGAGUUCGGGGACUUGGCCGUUGACUCGCAGCUGGCCUCCUCCAACGCCAUCUCGGGCGUGCAGGAGCUUCUCAACGGCUGCAUCUGCUGCAACCUCGUCGGCCAGCUGAGCGUCGCCCUCGCCGAGCUGCACUCGACUGUCCACCCUGACCGCAUCGUCAUCGAGACGAGCGGCUCCGCAUUCCCCGCGACCCUGGCCCUUGAGGUCAAUCGUCUCGCACGCGAGACGGGCAACUACACUCUCGACGGCGUCAUCAGCGUCAUCGACACUGAAAACUGGAAGGGCUACGAGGACACGAGCUAUACGGCGCGCAUCCAGGCCAAGUACACGGACCUGAUAGUCUUCAACAAGUGGGAGCUCUGCUCUGAGGACCGUUUCGACGAGGUUCUCGACAGGGUGGGCGACCUCGAGGUUGACAUCCCAUGGGUCAAGAGCAAGAAGGGCUGGGUCGGUGCCGAUCUCGUCUUCGGCGUGGAUGGAGGCCUUGCGCAAGGCCUGACGGAGGACCACACGCAAGACCACGAACACGAGGGGGAAAGCCACUCGCACGACCACCAGACCGAGGUCGAGGUUCUAUCGGUCGAGCUGAAAGGGUCCAAGGACGCCGCCGUCAACGCGGACAAGCUGCAGAGCCUGCUGCGCACCGCGCCGAAGGACGAGGUGUACCGCAUAAAGGCUGUUCUGACCGCGUCGUCUACGGUGAGGGACUCUGACGAGGAUGCCCAGAUUCCCACGCCACCUCACCCUAAGUCGCGGUAUAUUCUUAACUGGGCGUUCGGUCGGUGGACUUUCACGCCCAUCGCCGAGGGCAAUGCCGAGCAUGCUUCAAGUGAAGGAGCUCUUCUGCGCAUGACCAUGAUCCUGGGGAGAUACGAGAGCAACAAGUGGAAGAAGAAGCUCGAGACCGGCUCGUUCCUCGAGGUCGAGGGUGGCGAGGGCGAGUUGGUGGUUUCGAAGAUCCUAUGA